AUGGGUCGAAAAAAGAAGAAGCAGAUCAAGCCUUGGUGUUGGUAUUGUAACAGAGAAUUUGAUGAUGAAAAGAUCUUAAUACAGCAUCAAAAGGCCAAACAUUUUAAAUGUCAUGUUUGUCAUAAGAAAUUAUAUACUGGUCCUGGUCUUUCUAUACAUUGCAUGCAGGUACAUAAAGAGAAGAUUGAUAAAGUACCUAAUUCCUUACCCGGUAGAAAUAAUUGUGAAAUAGAAAUUUAUGGAAUGGAAGGUAUUCCACCUGAAGAUAUCAAAGAACAUGAAAGAUUAAAAAAU